CUGAAAACAUUUCAACCAAUGGAUUUCCAAAUUUAUUUUUUUCAUAAUAGUUCUCAAAAUCUUUUUGUUUGUUACACUACAUCAUAAACAUUUGCAACUUUGGAAAGUUUCAUGAGCAAAAGCAUCAAUUCGAACAUUUAUUAAUUCUGAGGUAGCGUUAUCAAUUACCUUCAAAUAAGUUAAAUUACGGGCCUUCAAUAAAAUUCAAAUUUACCAGUAUUUUAUAAAGGAUGUCAUCUUCUAAUUCAGGCCACAGUCUUGUUCAGGCACAGAAUUUAUAAUAGUAUUAAUUCUGUGGUUCAGGAUCAGACUCUCAGUCGACUUCAAUUUGGUAAAAUGAAUAAUGUAAAUAUUGGUGAUCUGUGGGUAGGUCCCGCAAUCAGUUGGUAGGUGAUUUCGAAUUAUAGUUUCCGAAAAGUCCUUUUCUGAAUAUCAUUAAAGAAAUUAUAAGUAUUCUGACAUGAUGUAACUUUGUGGUGGAGUUUUUGAGAAAUGUGGAGCUGUUAUACACCUGGUAAUCUUAUAUGCCACAUAACUUGUAGAGAAAGAAGAAUAUUAGAAUCUAACCUAUUUUUUAUUCAAAUGUCAAAGUAUAAGGAAGUUUAUUUAUGAUACCAUAUAAAAAAAUAAGCAGAUUCAUUUGUAGUCAAUAAUGUCCGAAGAAGAUAGGCAUGUAAAUAAACGAAGUACUGGAACAGUCCCUAAACAACGAAAUAAUCAUUCUCGACCCUUUACCGGCGUUGAAAGAUUAAGAAGUUUGUCAAAUAGUUCUAGUGACUGUUAUCCAUCUCGUGAUUCAUCUAAAGAAUUUAAGAUUCGACGAAGUAAUCAAUUUAAUGAGUUAAUUGUUGAGUCCACUCUUGAAGAUCAAAAUUUUUCAUCACCACAAAUCAGUUAUACUGCAUUAAACUCAAUUGGAUCAUCACAUCCCAGUUCACCGAACUCAAGAAGAAAUUCUUCGAGCUCCACUUUAAAAUGUGAUAAUUUAAGGAAGUAUCCAAAUAAAAAGCAAAUAGAAGACAAACUGAACCAAAUUCAUGAGUAUUUAAAAGUGACGAACUCUUUGAUGGAGAGUAUGAAGAAAACAGAUGAGGAGAUUACAGGUAGUAUUGAUGAUUAUUCCAUGGAGAGUGCUUUCUCAUGUAGAAAAAAUGAGGAAAAUGCUAAUUUGGAUAAUGCUGGUUAUAAUUUAGGAAUUUUAAAAGAACGCCAACAGAUGGGAUAUCCUCUUCGUAGAAAAUCCGAAAACAAGCGAUGUUUAUCGAGUCACAAUCAAAGCAAUCUUCUACUAGAAGUGUGUAAUGAUAUUCACAGUCCAUUAAAAAAAGAUACUAGAAACUAUAUGGAAUUUGAUACUGUAUCUAAAGAUAGGUCCGAAAAAUUAAAGAAACCAUUACAAUCUCCACGUACUUCUGUGGUAUAUAAUCAAGAUAAAGGAUUUCCUAACUCAGAUAGUCUACACAACCAAAUUAUGAAUUUGCACACCAGUCAUGAUGAGAACGAACGUUUGCUUGACACAUUGGAUAAUACAGAUUCAGAACUUGCUAAGCAGCAUGCUGAACUCCAUAAAAAAUUAAUCGAAUUACAGAGCAGAAAGUAUCAAAUAGAUCAUUUAGUCGCACAACUGCAAAGCUUUGGAGAUAGCUAUGACGAUACAGAUAAUCAGUAUAAAAAUAUAUCUGCUGUGAAAGAGCAAUUGAGCAAGUUGAAAGAUAUGCUGGAAGUUGUUAAGUUGCCAGAUAAUAUAUUACAAAAUACAAAUCACUCUUGUGACAGCAGAAAAAUGAGUUGUUAUUUAUGCUCGGGAAGAGAACUCUUCUGUGAAAAAGAUGUGAAAAAUCCAAAAUUUAAUUCUAGAAUUCACAAUGAUAGUAACACGUAUAUAAACGAAAAUGUCACUACUCGCGACACAAAACCCAAGCAACUCAAUAAUAGUUCAAGAGAUAGAGGUAACCACUUAAAAAAAGGGAACAUGUUAAGUAUAGUUCAGAAAAUUGCUCUGCAAUCUGAAUUGGAAUGCAAAAAACGUGAACUCGUGGAAAUUAUGGCAAAACAUAAAGGCAAUGCUUCAAAUUUAAAUCAGGAUAUUGGUAUCGAUACAAAAUCAGAAAUAAGUUCUGCUAAUGGUUUCAACGAACCUUGGACAUCAAUUAUAUCUCAAGAAAGUGACUCCGAAAGAUUUUCCAGUGAUGAUUGCCAGGACGAAGUUAAUAAUUAUCAAGAGCUCAAACAUAAUUUUUUAUCACUUCCAUCUUUAAAUUAUUCACCAUCAAGUAUAACAAAUUACCAGUCGGAAAAUUCUCAUCGCAAUUGUGAACAGUCAAAUGGAUUUCAGCCCAUAAUUGUACCUACUUAUGAACCUGAAAUAAAUUUUAGAAGUAAUUCCGUAGGAGAGACAACCUGUUUGAAACGAUCUAGUAGGUGUAAUGCAGAAGAUCCCAUUUCAAAUCAGGUUCAAGAACAGUUACAAAUGAUAAAAAGUAUGUGCGAUUCAAUGUUAGAACUACAAAUUAGUCAGGAACAUACUUCUAAUGCGCAGCAGCUGAGAAAUAAUCUGAUACCGUCACCGCAGAGACGACAAGCACUACAUUCACAACGUUCCAAUUCGAAUACAGCCAAUCCAAGUUCAGAAGCACUGCCACAAUCGUUUGCUUCAAACACGGGUAAUAAUAUGAGUAAUGACAUCGGUAGUUACUACAACUGGCUUACUAAUAAUACAAUUCAAACACAGUCGUUUGUCUUGAAUACUUUGAAUCAGUGUUAUCAGAUGCUCUGGUUACAACAAAGGGAACUAGCUACCAUGAAAAGUAAUUUGUUAAUACUACAAGAACGAUUAAAUAGUAUGGGACCCUCUGAUAAAUAUUCUCCGCCAUCACUUCAAACUAAUCCACAGGUUUCACCAAAUCGUCGAAUGCAUCAAACCGAAGUAGAUGUCAAUAAAAUGAAUCAACAUGGAAGUUUUACAGUUCCUGUGCCUGAGCCAUUUGAUUGCUCUCUACCAAAUAUGUCACUUAAUUGUCUUAAUAACAACAGUCAGUUGUUAGAUUCCUGUUUAAACAACAUUAAUGCAAAUCGAGUAAACAUGCAACAGAAUUCAGCAGCACCUAAUAUGCCAACUGCAAUUGGGCAUUCUUUACCAAAUCACAUUUGGUCAGGACAAGCUCUUAAUAACCAAGUGGUUCCCGGAAAUAGAGCCAAUAACUAUUGGGAUAAUUUUAGAAGUUAUUCUCGACAAAAUCUUUUGUCAUCCAAAAAUAACGAAGUUUUACAAAACCUACCAUCAGUCAUUGAUCGUUCGAAUUUUACCAAUCAAUCUGUCGAUCCUUUCACAUUCAUAUCUUUUUCAAAAAGUAAUUCUGAACAAGAUUCUACAAGUACAUUUCAAGAAAAUACUCCACACGGAAUGGCUACUAAAGAAACUGGGGUCCUAUCAAGUGAAAUUCUGAGUAUUAAUAAUCCAAUGAGAAACGACGAUAUCACAGAAUCGCCAUCGAGGGAUAUAAUUAAUAAAGAUGAUAGUGAUGUAUAUUUUGGACUACCCAGUCAUUUAAAUGAUGUGUCCGCACAAAAUUCAACUAUUUCUGCUACUCGCAUUUUUCCUAAGUCCAAAGAACCCAAUGAAAGAAUUGAAAAUCUUACCGAUGUCUCACAUAAUUCAAACAUCACAUCCUUGUUCGAAGAAAUGCGGGAGAGUAUUUAUAAAGAAGUGGCAACAUUAAUAUCAGCAAAUGAAAAUAGACCGGAGUUCCUAAUACAGUUAUUUAGAGAUUUACAAAUGGUUGAUUCUGAUAAUGGAAGGUAUAAUAUAUUACAGUCUAUUGGAAGAAAUAUAACUUUAUCCAGGGUUUUCACACCAACUGUUAAUAAAAAUGACCAUAUAAGUCGAACAUUCACAUCGCAAGAUUUAAAGACAUUAUCCAGUUCCUCUACUAAUACCGAAUAUGUAACCUAUACGGACGUUUGUGAAGGAGUGCAACUUUUCUUAGAAGAAUAUGAAGACGUUAUUAUUCAAGAUGAAUUUGUAACUGCAUUAAAACGGUUUAUAUUUGGUUUAGAAUCCUUCAAGUUGUUGAUCAAUGAUCCAAGAUUUAUGGAACAUUUGAAUCAGUCACUCAUCACCGAAUUGGAAAAGUAUUAUGGAAAACAGUUGAGUGAAGUUAAAAUAGAGCUUUUAGAAACUACAAAUGGUAUUAUCAUAGAACAUUUAGGAAUUACUCGAUGUGAUGAAAAUUUCGUUGAUAUAAGAAAUUCUAAUCAAGAAAUUUCGAAUUCUGUAACAACUACUGCAGGACCUGUUGAGGAUGGUGAUCUUGCAGAAGCUGAUCAAAGUCGACUUAUUAACGAAGAUAUUGCAGAAGAAGGUGCUGUUGGUGGCAUUUUAGAUCCCACUACAUAUACAACAAUGAAUGCUUUUGAAGUAGCAAAUUUAUCAGUAUCGGUAGAUCUCCCCAGAUCUCAAUCAACAACUCCAACUAAAGGUAUGUGUGUUAUAACUCUAUAUGAUCCAUUUUUAACUCCAUUAUUUUCAGAUCAACCAAGUGUCAAUUCUGAACAAUUAUAAUGAUAAGUGCAUUUUACAAAGAAAAAAUAUUCGAUACAUAUGUAUCACUAGAUUAUUUUGAAUCUAUUCACACCUGGAAUAUAAAUAUAAUUUGGUGUAGAAAGUACCAGAAUCAAUAAUUCUCUACACUUUUAGGGCAUCUCGAAGACAUAUUUUGUUUGGCUUCCUGAAUCUAUAAUCUAUUAUGGUUAAUACUGAUUUUAUUUUGGGUUAAGGAACCCUGAGAUAUUUUUAAGCAUAUACAAUAUUAACACUGUCAUUUUUAUUUAUUUUAAAAUGUUUUAAAUUCGUUAUUUAAUAUAAACUAUUUCAUACUGUACAAAUAAUGAAUUAUUUCUACAGCUAAUGUUUCUCAUGAUUAUUUUUUAUUUCAGCUAACAAAAAGUUUUUUUAUAUUCGUUGUUAUGUUAUACAUUAGUUUUAUGAAAAAGAAAUAGUAAUAAACUAUAAUUUAUUCCAUAUUUGUAUUGUGUUCUAUUUUUAUUGUUGCUGAAUAAAUGGUGAUCUUAGUAAAUGUC